AUGCUUGAUGCAUCCCUGUCCAACACACAUUCUAACGACCGCCAUUAUUCUUCCCAUCAUGCUCCAUUCUUUUUCGCCCAUUCCUACAUAUUCGCUUUCAUGCCCACCACAGUCACUUUGCGCGCUAAUCGACUAAAUCUCUUCAAUACACAUACAAUUUCUUUCUUGGUCAUACAAAUACAUACAUAUCUAUCUAUCUAUCUAUCUAUCUUGAUAAAUAAAAUACUAAAAAAAUUACUUUUAACUUUUAUCUUCAAAUAUCUUUCUUUUUUCUUGCUUGAUUCAAUUUUUCUUUUUUUUUUCUUUGAGGACCUGCAAUAUUUACUGAAAUUUCUUAAUGAAACAGAUUUCUUUUUUUUUUUUUGCUUACAUCUUUUCUUUUUAGAAUAUCUGCUUUUGAUUUCCUCAUUUAUCUUUGAAUAUCUUCCUUUCUUUCUUUCUUUCUUUCUUUCUUUCUUUCUUCUUUCUUUCUUUCUUUCUUUCUUGUUUGCUUGCUCCACUUUUUAUUUUUUUAUCUUUGGCUACCUGCAAUAUCCACUGAAAUUUCUUUCUUUUUUUUACCAUCUCUCUUCUUUUAAGAGAAUGUACCUUUUUCUUUCCUAUUUAUUUUUUUCUUUCUUUCUUUUACCAUUCUUCUUCUUCUCUUUAGAGAAUAUACCUUUUUCUUUCCUAUUUUUCUUUCUUUCUUUCCUUCUUGCUUGCUCCACUUUUUAUUUUUUUUAUCUUUGGCUACCUGAAAAUCCCACUGAAAUUUAUCACUGA